GGCUACUAUCAGCCCCCGCUGCCACGUCAUAGACUGCUCCUCCCGCUGGAAGCCACAGGAGAGCGCUUCCAGUGACCUCGCGAGAUUUCCCGUGAGCCCGCGGCGGACUCUAAGCGGCUGUCUGGUCGCCCAGCAACCGGGGCUGCGGAGGAGCUUGGCACUUGCGAAAUUGACCAAACCCGAAUCAUUGACCCGGCUCAUCCUGCAAAUGGACAACCUCUCUCUUUGCAAAAAUCUAAGUGUUUUAUAUUUGUAUGAUAACCGUAUUAGUCAAAUCACUAACCUGAAUUAUGCCACAAACUUGACCCACUUAUAUCUACAAAACAAUUGUAUUUCAUCUAUGGAGAACCUCAGAUCAUUAAAGAAACUGGAAAAAUUAUAUCUGGGGGGCAAUUACAUUGCUGUCAUAGAAGGCUUAGAAGGAUUAGAAGGACUAAGAGAGCUUCAUGUUGAGAGUCAGAGGCUUCCCCCUGGAGAAAAGCUCCUGUUUGAUCCAAGAACUCUUCAUUCUCUGGCAAAAUCCCUCUCUAUACUGAAUAUCAGCAAUAAUAAUAUUGAUGACAUAAGAGACUUAGAAAUACUGGAGAAUCUUAAACAGCUCACAGCAGUUGACAACCAACUUCUGCAUGUGAAGGAUUUGGAGUUUUUGCUGAACAAGUUGAUGAAGCUGUGGAAAAUGGAUCUAAAUAGAAAUCCUGUUUGUCUCAAACCAAAAUACAGAGAUAGAUUGAUAUUGGUGUCCAAAUCACUGGAAAUCCUUGAUGGAAAAGAAAUUAAAAAUAUGGAAAGACAAUUCCUAAUGAAUUGGAAAGCAUCCAAAGAUGCCAAGAAAAUCAGCAAGAAAAGGAACAAUAAAAAUGAGGAUACAAGUAACUCAAACAUAGGUAACUUUGAAACGAUGCAUCACACAGUUCCUGUUUAUUACCCACAAGUGGGUAAGCCAAAAUUAGUUUUUUUCUCUGAUAUACAGAGAUACUUUGCAAAUGGAAAUGCAUCUCCAAAAAGCAUCGAAGAAGAUAACCCUAAAAUUAUUGAAGAGAUGGGAAAUCUCUCUUUGAAGAAAUCUGAAAGCUUGCUGGCAAAAAAUGAUGUACAUGAACUUCACCCUCUUCAUAACUCAAAAGUAAAGGAAAAUUUGUACACAAGUAAAUUCAUCCAUAAGUGAUCUGAAACGUUUGAUUCUUCACCUUUAUACUACUAGGCAACAUGGUCUUUUGUGGUUUGUAGCCUUACAGUGUCUCCUAAGAAAAACGGCUGAAUUCUUGUCUGUUUCUUUGUAGAAUGUGAAACAGUGCUUUCCAAUUGCUUUAUUACUCAUUACAUAUAAUUUACUGGGGAAAUAAGGAUGUGC